AUGCCUGCAACCAAGAGGUGGCACUUUGAGUUUCUCGUGGGUGGAGUCAGUGGUAUCACUGUGUACAAGAAUGGUGCAAGGAUUAAGAGCUACAAACUCCCAAAUCGCCCAGUCUUGGAAAGUGUAUAUUCAAUAGGUACUCCUUCUACUAGAAAGACUUGUGAUAAGGUUAAAGAAUACCUAGAUCAAGCCAUUGAGGUCACAUUUAAAUGCAAGACUACUGUGCUCCUGAACCGGAAGGAGUUUGAAUGGAAUAAAUCAGCAUUUUGUCGACUGUUGAGGCUGUCUCCUGGGGCGAGAGCAGUCGACUUCAUUCAAGUCUUCAACCAACUGACAAAGUUUAAUUCUGACCGAGGCUUCUUAGUUCCUGUAAGCCCCCUGCCCACCAGUUCGGAGUUGCUAACUGAGGAGGCGUUGUCUGAUGGUGGUGACUCUGAGGAUGACCACCCGCUGUCUUCAUUGACAAGUACCCAAAGCAUAGACGGCAGCCACCAACUUGGAGAAAAGAGAAGUCAGCAGGAGGAGGAAGUAUCGAGAAAGAGGAUGAAGCACAAAGAUACUAUGGACGAUGCGAUCUUCACCAAGAAGAUUGGAACUAUUGAUCUCCAGCUGAGAAACCUCUCAGAACCCAAAACACAACGCUGUUUAAGAACGGUUGACACUGUAUUUGUGGAGGAACUAGUGAAGAAGUUCACUAAGGAUCCCUCUGCUCCAGGUGUACCUCCGAUUGCUGUCCUGUGCAUUUCUGUCGAGAGCAUAGAUGUGUUUGACACCAACAGAGUGGACGCCUAUAAGUACGAGCUGCUUGGAGGCCAGCAUACAGCCUUGGCAAGAAGGAUAGUAGCAGCCAAGUCUUCAGACAAUACGUUGCUACAGACUGUCCUUGCUGAGGUGUAUGUUGGUCUGACAGACGAUGAAGCACUUAGGCUCGCCUCUCGCCACAACACAAAUAGUCAUUUUAUCCACAAGAUGACACAUCGGGACUAUCUUGAGGCCUGCCGAUCGAAACUGUUUUCAAUGUGCGGUAAGGCUCCUGAGGAGGAAACCCCAAAAGACUCGGUGGAAUGGAAGGAUGUGUGCAAGCGAUGCAUUUUACCUCAGGAUAUGGGCCGCUGCACAAUGGAGAAUAUCUUUAAGCAGGCAAGCUUUACUAAGGAAGUCUGGGCAUUGGCCGUAUCGGUCAUGAACUUGUACGAGGAGGGGGAGCUGAAAGAUCAGACCCUCUCAACAAAAUCUCUGACUACAAAGCCCGAGUUUAAGCAGCAAAAUUUUAGCCCAAUCCAGUGCCUUCCUGAUGAGUUCAAGCUGGAAAUGUUAUCAAAGGUUUCAAGCAGUGAGCUAAGCCUUGCCGAAUUAAAGGAAGAAGCUACCAGCUACAGAUCAAGAAAGUCUCUGCAAAGGGCUUUUUGCAAGAUAACUACUUCCAGUACGUGGUGCGAGGCAAAAUGUAGAUUUCCUGCCUUCACUACCCCAGAGCGUCUGAGGACAUUCCACCAGAUAUGUUUAACCAAAACAAUACCGGCGUCUUUUCGUUCAUAUUGUGAGGCAGCUCUAAAAGCAGAAAAAUCAGGCAGCACAGACACUGUUGUCCCCUCGGCUGAUAUAUAUAAGUUCAGGCACUGCAAGGCUUAUGUGGUCGAAGGGGAUGCAGCAAACAUGUGCUGCCAAGAUGUUAGGGAUGUCUACCCUACAUUCAUGGGCUCAAAUCUCUUCCUGGCUGACAUACCCGUGGCGUGGACAACAGAACAAAUUCAAAGCCUUGUGUACACCACAAAACAGCUGAAUACAAUACCCGAGAAAACUGUGAGCACAUUUAAUGUUGCAUUGAUUAGCACCAGUCUCUCAAAAAUUGAAGAACUGAAGAAUUGUUUGUUGAAGUGCUACGAACACGUCAGUGUGUGCUACUGGCAGACAGCGUGCACAGGUGGCUUAGAUUCCACUCAUCCACUGGGAUUUAUCCCAUCAAUUGGUUGUGUGGUAGUGGGACACUACUCACUCAGUGGAAAGCUGGAGGAGGACCACUUUAACUUCGUUGAGGAAGGGCGGUCCAAUUUCUUCCCCUGUAUUGAUCAAUCCACUGCUAAGAUUCCGAUUUGUGUGCUGACAGGCAUUAUAAAGAAGCUGUCUUUUGAAGGGAGCACUGUUAUUGAUGCCACAAGUGAAUCUGGUAACUGUGCAAUUGCCUCACUACAAGCAGGAAGAGAUGUGGUGGUACUCAAGGCAUUGGCCCAAGCAGCACUUGCAAGAAGCCAGCUUGCAGAACUGUCAACAACAUAGCUAGCUAUGGACUAGACUAUACUAUACUGUUUCAAGCGUUCCGUUAACUUCUAUGUUACUUUGUAUAUGCGGAGUAUACGACUCGAUCUUCAUCUUAUUGAAUGUUCAUCUGGUUAAGCAAGUCAAUGGGUAUCAAUAGAAAAUAAUUGGUGUUCUCUAAUCUUUGAGAAAUUAACAGGGAUAUUAAACUAAAAAAAAUGAUUAUGAACAAAAAACAUAGCAUAUUAAAAUAAAAGAGAAAAGGAACUUUUAACAGUGAAUGUGUUAAGAUGUGUUAUCUCAUUUAUCUGCUUGUGCUUUCCUCUAUAUACUGCAUACUGGGAUCACCAAUUGCACAAGACUGCAAUCGCGUCAUUGUCAAUGAAAGAGGCAGGCGGUCACUUGUUGGCGGUUAUAGAGAUCACAUUUCAGUGGGAUUGGGGAGGGAGUGCUUCGAGAGUAUCAGUGAUUUGCGUGUGGAUGAAAAUUCUGUGAGAUGUUUCAAAUGGAGACUGAGAACUAGCGGAAAUGUUCAACUCAACGAACGAGAAGUACACCCAAAAAAUCUCACUGUUUCUACUUGUAACUCGGCCACAUUCCGUUCUCCUGGAUUUUACAACAAUAACAAGAAGCAUUACUCAAACAACAUGUUUUGUGUAUACAAUAUUAGCAUGCAGGACUGCAACCAUAUCACUGUUAGAUCUACGUCUGAUGAACACAGCUUGUUUAACGACGGGAGAGAUUAUCUGUAUUUCGACUUUGGUCAGGUGACCACCACAGUGACUGGUGACAGUAUCGGUUCCUUCAGCGAGAGUGUCCCCACCUCUUCAUUCUAUGCAGUUCUGUGGAGUGAUGCUGAGAAAUUCUCAAGUGCAGGAAAGUUUGAGUUUGAGGCUAUGUGCAAUGACCCUGUUGCAGAUACAGAGAAUGAAUUGAGUGGCUCAGGGUACCAACACAUUUGAACAUUUAACUCUCUUAUUUUCGAAAUUCUCUACUUUUAUACUGUUACAUAGUAAUCGUUUCAGUCGACAAAUGAAUGUUUUAUUGCCUCACCUGAUAAGUGAAUCCAUGCUUCACAUUACUUGAAUAAUCUAUACAGUCAUGCAUCGACUUAUUAAAGGAAUUAACUUAACUUUUUACAUGUGCAAUGAAGCAACCAUGCAUGAUGUCAAUAAUAUAUGUGAUGAAAAUGUUUAAUGGUCUUCAUAUGCACUAGGGCAAUAAAAUUAUUGAUUGUCUUUUGAAUUUAGCUGGCACAUGCAUGCAUGCAUGCAUGGUCAUGAUUGUAUAUGCACAAUACA